UUACUUUUCUCUGCGCCCGCGACGUUUUAUUCCAGUAACGAGGCGCGGCUCGGCACGUUAUCUUGUUUAUCCAGAUGAGGGGGAAAAUCUUGACCUUUUUUGUUCACCUUGAACGUGUCUUCUUUGCCGACACGCAACGCAACGUCCUUGACGGGUGACCAUGACAGCUGAUACAGAGCCUGAGAAGAAGCAGGGGGGCGAUGAUGUUGCGGAUCUCAAGACCGCUGCGACUGCUACCGUGACUGAAGGGGAUAGACAGGCGCCUACGACCGAUGAGAGCGCGCUGCAAGCUGAGAGUGAGCAGGAUUUUCCUGAUGACGAUUCAGCGAUCGGGGUAGGGAAUACUUAGGAUCGUUUGUGAUUUGAGCUGACGUGCGCAGGAUGAUGCUGCAAGCAGUACAGCGUCAAUCAAUUCAAGCAUCAUGGCCUAUCGCACCGAGAACGGAAGAACAUACCAUGCUUUCAGAGAGUCCAUCAAUUAUGUACUCCCCAAUGAUUCGUCUGAGCAAGAACGUUUAGAUCUGCAACAUCAUUUGUUCACGCUCACCCUUGGCGGAAAGCUUUAUCUUAGUCCGAUUGGAGAUGACAAGCCUUUGAGCCGCGCUCUUGAUGCCGGAACAGGUACUGGCGUCUGGGCGAUUGACUUUGCCGACGCUCACCCCAAAACACAGGUCAUCGGCAUUGAUCUCAGUCCCAUUCAACCCAACUUCCUCCCCACAAAUCUCCAGUUCCAAGUCGACGACCUCGAAGACGAGUGGACAUUCUCCUACAACUUCGACUUUAUCUUCGCCCGCAUGAUGACCGGUUCAAUCGGUGACUUUCCCAAAUUCUUCACCCAAUCCUUCAACGCUCUGAGUCCCGGCGGAUGGGUUGAAUGCCAAGACAUAACAUUCCCCGCACAAUGCGACGACGGCACUCUCAAAAAGGAUUCUUACAUUGAUCAGUGGUCCAGUCUCAUGAUCGAAGCGACGAAUAAAUUCGGUCGCACGGCGGAGAGUGCGAAAUUUUAUAAGCAGCAGAUGAUUGAUGCGGGGUUUGUGAAUGUUACGGAGGUGGUUUAUAAGUGGCCGACUAAUAGAUGGCCUGCUGAUCCCUAUUACAAGGAACUUGGGUUUUGGUGUAAUCAUAACAUCGCUGGUGAGCUGUCGGGUCUUUCUAUGGUGCUCUUCACGAGAGGGCUGGGGUGGAGUCCUGAAGAGGUCGAGGUGUUUUUGGCAAAGGUUAGGACGGAUAUGAAGGAUAGGCGCAUCCAUGCUUGGUGGCCUAUGUAA